ACUUCUUUCUCUGCACUUGUUCCUACAUAUUUGAAUUUCCAGUUUUACCCUUUCCCUUGAAUCAACAUGUUCAAAAUUAUUGGGCUCACUCACAUGAAAAACACGUCGCUUUCCUUAGUAAAAAGAUUCAUUCAAUUAUUCAUUAUCCAUGCUCUCUUAAUUAUUAUUAUUCUUCUUCUCCUCUCUCAAUUGUGUCUUGUCUUGUCAAAUCUUAGCACCCUCCACUCUAUUUUGUUUCCAUUAGAUAAAUAAUAAUAACACAACAAAAAUACGUUUAAUUAAAUUAAAUAAAAAGGAAAAUCAAAUGGUCGAUAAUAAGAACCAGUACUAUGAACACAUAACAUGCUGUGUUGUAUUGAAGAUUGCAUAUAGUGUCAGGAGGUUAGCAAGGUUGCUCUUGUAAUCAAAACGUGUAUUCCCACAAAGAAAGCAUGGAGGAUCAUCGUUACAUGGAAACUGAUCCAACUGGUAGAUAUGGAAGGGUUGGAGAAAUUCUUGGAAAAGGGGCAAUGAAGACAGUGUACAAAGCAAUUGAUGCAGUGCUCGGAAUAGAGGUGGCAUGGAACCAAGUCAGACUCAACGAGGCGCUUCGCUCGCCGGACGACUUGGAGAGGCUCUACUUAGAGGUUCAUCUCCUCAGUACCCUCAACCACGAAUCGAUCAUGCGAUUCUAUACCUCUUGGAUCGAUGUUGAUAACAAGUCCUUCAACUUCAUCACAGAGAUGUUCACUUCAGGAACACUCAGAGAAUACCGGAAGAAAUAUAAGCAAGUUGGGAUUCAAGCAAUAAAGAGUUGGAGUCGCCAAAUUUUGCAAGGUCUUGUUUAUCUACACGAGCACGAUCCUCCGGUAAUCCACAGAGACCUCAAAUGUGAUAACAUAUUUGUGAAUGGCCAUCUUGGACAAGUGAAAAUCGGCGACUUAGGACUAGCGGCCAUCCUCCGUGGCUCGCAGCUGGCUCACAGCGUUAUAGGCACCCCUGAAUUCAUGGCACCGGAGUUGUACGAAGAAGAAUACAACGAACUCGUCGACGUGUACUCUUUCGGCAUGUGUGUUCUGGAGAUGCUUACUUCUGAAUAUCCGUACAGCGAAUGCGCAAACCCUGCGCAAAUUUACAAGAAAGUGACUUCGGGGAAGUUGCCGGCUUCAUUUUCCCGGUUAGAAAACAAGGAAGCGCAGAGAUUUAUAGGCAAGUGCCUUGUAUCUGCACCAGAGAGACCUUCUGCAAAGGAAUUAUUGCAUGAUCCGUUUCUUGUGUCUGACGAUACAUUAUCAAUGGCGAAAAUUGGAAUUCAGAAGCCAUUUCUAAAUUACAAUGAGAUGGAGAAGCUUCAAUUGCGCGACGAUGUUGCUCGAACAGAGAUGUCGAUUACCGGGAAACUGAACCCGGAAGAUGAUACUAUCUUUCUCAAAGUGCAAAUUACCGAUAAGGAUGAGUCCAGUAGGAAUAUAUUCUUUCCGUUCGACAUUGUGACGGACACGCCGAUUGAUGUGGCGGUGGAGAUGGUGAGAGAAUUGGAGAUCUCGGAUUGGGAGCCUUCGGAAAUUGCAUAUAUAAUCGAAGCAGAGAUUUCCGAACUGAUGCCGAAUGUGAGGAGAAGUAACUGUUCAGAUACUUGCCAUACGUUCGACGAUGACUACGACCGGCCUCGCCGGCUUUUCUGCUCCGGCUCUUCUUGUUCCUCCUCCCAAGAAUCCAUUUCCAAAGCUGAUGAAAUACCAAAUCAUGGAUAUUACUGGCUCCAUGAUGAUAUGCACGACGAUGCGAGUUCGCGAUGCUCGUCGCAAGGGACAUAUUCCAACUUGAAUUUUUGUUCAAUGGAUGAUCAUGAAUACAAUGUGGCUUCUUCUGCAAGAAAAGAUAAACAUAAUCACAUCAUAAAGAGUCACCACAAGUGUACAAGGUUUUCCCCUCUUGAAGAACCAAUCACUCUCAACCGGGGCAAAGUUUUCGCCGGCGCGGCGAGUAAAGGUAAGAGAACAGUGGACACUCCUAAACUGAUGAGGAACAAUUCGCUGAUUGACAUGAGGAGUCAGAUGCUGCACCGGCAGCUCGUUGAGGAGGUUAACAAAAGACGGUUAUUCAAAACGGUUGAUGCCAUUGAAAAGAUUGGAUUUCAAAACCCUUCUGAGAUAUCCAGGAAAAAAUCACAGCCAUAAGAUGUGAAGUCCUCAGCAAGUGUCAAGUGAUGAAGAACUAAAGCUAGAAAAGAAAACGGAUGCCUCUUCAUCAUUGAAAUUGAAGAUUGAAAAUUGUUCUUACUUGACCUUUAUUUGAUAAAUAACUAAAUACAUGUAUAUAACAGAAAAAAGAGAAAGAAAACAGAUAAAAAUAAAUUAAACAUAAGGGGGAAAAAAAGCAUUUUAGGGAAAUUAUGUCUUCAAAACUAUGAUGUAGCAGCAUGCACCAAUAUUUCUAAACAGGGGUAUCAGUAUUAAGAUCCUUGAUGAUUGUAGUUUAUCUUUUCUUUUGAGUUCCUUUAAUUUUUCAUGUUAUGUCAUGUACCAAUCUGCAUGACUUUGAAUAUAUGAUUAUGUGUGCUAUUUUUUCA